AUGAAUUUCCUCUAUUUCCAGAAGGAGGGGGUGUUUCCAGCCCUGCUGCUCCUGCUGGCGCUACCAGAACUGUGCAUGGCAGGAGAGGACACCCAAGUGUUCCUCACAGAGGGAGAGCCCUUCCGAGCCAGCUGCUCAUACGAUGUGUGCAGGAAUUUACAUGAGGGGAAAUUCUGGUGCAAGGAGCUGUCAGGAAAACCUUGUUUCACGCGAGGCCAAAUGGGGAAACUUCACCAUUUUACUGGGUGCCAAAGGGUGUCCUGAGUGAGAUGGCAGCCUGUUACCAGAGGUAACUCUGAUCAAAGCAUCGUUAAAGUAGGAAGGACUGAAAUGAUGAACGACUUCUCAUGGAAAAUGAUUAGAGUGUGGCUGAAAAUGCUCCGACUUAAUGACUCAGGAGAAUAUAAUCUUGGGAGCCAUUUCCAGGGCAGAAACAAACUACUGAACAGGAGCACGCUUCAAGUUUCUCAGAAGCACAGAAAAAGCCAAGUGAGCAGAAUGUCAGAUGGGGAACUGAAUGCUGGUACAAAGUGCAGUGUCAGGAGGCACCAACCUCAGAUGAAGCUGCAGAUGUCCUAUAGGUCAGUGCACGGCCUUCACCAAAAAUUCGGCCACGUUCAAGAACCACUCAGCAAUUCGGUUUCCUCAGGGCCUGUGGCAUGGGUUACUGUUAUCUUCAGAGCCACAACUCCGCUUCCUGGAAAUUAA